GCAGUCGCGUCUGGAGCGGCACACCGAGCGCACGCCGUAGCUCCCCGGUUUUUUUUUCCCCCCAUAUACAUACUCUCUUUGGCAAUUACCGAUCUCACUAGCGAUUCGCAGUGCCAGAAAUCCAGUUCCAAGCUGGAGAGCCAUCCGCCGAGAUGAGAAGCAACGAGGAUAAUCUGUACCGGGAGCAGCUGCCCAACUUGGGCUCCCUUAUCAGGGACGGAGGCCGCAAGCUGUGUCGUCCGGCGACCGUGACCAACAAGUUCCCCAUCCUGAAGUGGCUGCCGCGCUACCGGCUGGAGUACAUCAUGCAGGACUUCAUCGCGGGAUUCACGGUGGGUCUGACCACCAUUCCGCAGGCGAUUGCCUAUGGAGUGGUGGCCGGCUUGGAGCCACAGUAUGGCCUGUACUCCGCCUUCAUGGGCUGCUUCACCUACAUCUUUUUCGGUUCCUGCAAGGAUGUCACAAUUGCUACCACUGCCAUCAUGGCCUUAAUGGUCAACCAGUACGCCACCAUUUCUCCGGACUACGCUGUGCUGGUGUGCUUCCUGGCUGGCUGCAUUGUGCUCAUCCUGGGGCUGCUCAACAUGGGCGUCCUGGUGAGGUUCAUCUCGAUUCCAGUGAUCACGGGCUUCACCAUGGCGGCGGCCACCACAAUUGGCAGUGCCCAGAUCAACAACAUUGUGGGUCUGAGCAGUCGUUCGAACGACCUGCUGCCCGCCUGGAAGAACUUCUUCACCCACUUGCCGUCAAUUAGGGUGUGGGAUGCCCUGCUGGGCGUCUCUUCCCUCGUUUUCCUGCUGCUCAUGACGCGCGUAAAGGACAUCAAAUGGGGCAACCGGAUAUUCUGGAAGUACCUUGGCCUCUCCCGCAACGCCCUGGCCGUGAUCUUCGGCACCUUCCUGGCCUACAUCCUGAGUCGAGAUGGCAACCAGCCCUUCCGGGUCACGGGAAACAUUACGGCCGGAGUGCCGCCCUUCCGCCUGCCCCCCUUCAGCACCACUGUGAAUGGGGAGUACGUUUCCUUUGGCGACAUGAUCAGUACCGUAGGUGCUUCGCUGGGCUCCAUUCCCCUGAUCUCGAUCCUGGAGAUUGUGGCCAUUUCCAAGGCCUUCUCAAAAGGAAAAAUUGUGGACGCCUCACAGGAGAUGGUGGCCCUGGGAAUGUGCAACAUCAUGGGCAGCUUUGUGCUCUCCAUGCCCGUGACGGGAUCCUUCACCCGCACGGCUGUGAACAAUGCCAGUGGCGUGAAAACGCCUCUGGGAGGAGCAGUCACCGGCGCCCUGGUGCUCAUGGCACUGGCUUUCCUCACCCAAACCUUCUACUACAUUCCCAAGUGCACCCUGGCUGCCAUUAUUAUCGCAGCCAUGAUAUCGCUGGUGGAGCUGCACAAGAUCAAGGACAUGUGGAAGUCGAAGAAGAAGGACCUCUUCCCCUUUGUGGUCACUGUUAUCACCUGCAUGUUCUGGAGUUUGGAGUAUGGAAUACUCUGUGGCAUUGCUGCUAAUAUGGUCUAUAUUCUCUAUAGCAGUGCCCGCCCCCAUGUAGACAUCAAACUGGAGAAGAUCAAUGGUCACGAAGUGAGCGUGGUGGAUGUGAAACAGAAGUUGGACUAUGCAUCCGCGGAGUAUCUCAAGGAGAAGGUGGUGCGGUUCCUCAAUAACCAGAAUGGGGAGACGCAGCUGGUGGUCAUCAGGGGCGAGGAGAUCAACUCCAUUGACUACACAGUGGCCAUGAACAUUGUCUCCAUGAAGGGGGAUCUGGAGGCCCUCAACUGCGCCAUGAUCUGCUGGAACUGGAACAUCGCCUCCGCCGGAGUUGUUUGCCGUUUGAACAGCGAUCUGCGACCCAUCUUCAAGUUCGAUUUGACGCUGGACGAGGUGGUGGCUGGCCACUUCGACAGUCCCUCGCACACAGCCUCCACAGUGACCAUCGAGGCCUAGACAACCUAGUUUAUUUUCACUAACAUUAGGCUGAAAGUAUUACCUCAAGAUCACAAUUUCCUAAUAGAGUUGCAUUUAAGCGAAAAGCGAAACCA